AAUCCUGGUAUGAUCGCUCCACGAGAUGCGAUGCGAAGAAGCAUGAGACUUCGGACAUGGUGCUGUAUGAUAAGUGGCAUGAUGCUUGGCAUAAACUCCUCUCCUGCCUAUUGUACUCUCUUGUAACUGUCCUUCAUAAGGUCGAUCCCCAAUACACGAACCCCAGGUGGCGGAACAGGGGUCUCUUCUUGGAGGUCGAUCUUGGCUUCGAGAAAAGCAGAACCCUUGUCACUCCAAGAGAGCGGAAAGAGGCUUGAUCGGUAAAGAAAAUCUGGCACAAGAUAACAAAGAUUGCUAGUACAAACGCCCCAAAGGUCAGAGCAGUUCCCAUGUAUGAGGAGGAGACGGCGGCGGGUCUGGCUGAGGAGGAGGGACACGCGGCCCUCCUGGAGGUGUUGGCGGAGGGUCUGGAUCUUGCGAUUCGAGAGACAUCGGGCAGUGAGCCACACGCAAAGUGUGGAAGUGAGGGCGAAGAUAGAGGUGAGGAUGAGCCCGAGGCAUCAGGGACAUGUGGGAGAAUUCAAAAGGCUGCACCUCUAGAGGCAUCAAGACAGGAAAUAAAGAAACAGAGGACACACUGGGUCCUAGUCCUCCAGAGACACUAG